CUGACCGGCGGCAACGGCGUCAACGUCGCCAUCGAGGCCGUCGGCAAUCCGGUAACCUUCGAGCAGGCCUUCUACGCCCGCGACCACGCCGGCACGGUGGUCUUGGUGGGCGUCCCCAGCCCCGACAUGAAGAUCGAAUUGCCCCUGAUCGAGGUCUUCGGACGUGGCGGCGCCGUCAAGUCUUCCUGGUAUGGCGACUGCCUGCCCACCCGAGACUUCCCCAUGUUCAUAGAGCUCUACAUGCAGGGCCGCCUCGACCUCGACCGUUUCGUCUCCGAGACCAUCGCCAUCGGCGACGUGGAGGAAGCCUUUCACAAGAUGGAGCGCGGCGAGGUCCUCCGCUCGGUUGUGGUGUUCUAG